AUGCAGACUAUGCAUCCCCAGAUAUGUCUGCAUACAUUUACAACCUCACUUGUCAUCGCCAACCAAACACAUACGCUGCCCGCCAGACUGCUAUCGGCAUGCGUCAUCGAAGAUAAGACCCCUGACAAGCUCUCCAGAGACCAUCUUCUCAUCUGCAUGUCGUCUGGAGAGCUGCUGCUGGUAAAGGUGUACGAGACGGGCGCCACACCGCAGGUGCUCGAUGCCACGACCAUUUUCCCGCGCAACAAACCCAACCUCAGCGGUCUGGGAGGCAAAAUAUGCGUGGACGCCUCCUCGACUUUAGCAGCAAUAGGAUCAUUUGCCGAGUUUGUGCUGCUGGUGGAGAUCAGAGCUCUUGCCGACAAACCAAAACGGUUCUUCAAAGAGAAACACGUGGUCUCGAGUGCCGGUGCCCCAGCCACAUUCAAUUCUCCACGCUCCACGGCCAUGGACUACUGUUUCAACAUGAUUGCAUCCACAGAAGAAGACCAUGGCGUGUACUUGUCUGCAUUAUUUGUGAACGAACGACAACGACUGACUCUCGAGACAUACCUCUGGCGUCCCAAAUAUCCCGUCAAAACCGUCUCUAAACUCCCUCUGCCCAUCAUGGAUCUGCCCGUCUUCCUCUUCUUCAACGACACAGUGUCUGGUUCCGUCAUUCUAGCGUGUCCCAAGAACCUGUAUCUGGUCAAGUUCAACGACAUGCUCAGCGGAGUGACCACGUUUCCUUCGUGCACAAUAGACUCAUUUCCCGUGGCUCAUUACAGAAGUGAAGACGCAAGCCACGUGUACAUUUCAUGUGAGGAUGGCUCGAUUCUGGAAGUUGUGGCUACAAACUCUACCAUCAGUGUCAAAACGGUUGUCAAGACAGAUGUUGAUCUUGGAAAGACGUUUAUUUUGGAAGAAGCUGAUGAGGAGAGCUACUUGCUGGGAUACGGAGGAGAUGCAUCUGAUGGACGGCUGUUGCAGAUCACGAAAAGUGACGCGAAAUCGUUCGUUAUGGAGACGAUAGCCUCGUUUCCCAAUUGGGCACCUGCUUCCGAUAUCGAAAUCAUUCACGGAAACAUAUACGUUGCCAGCGGAGUUGAAAACACCGGCGCUCUGACCCAACUGAACCCUGGAAGUCGAAUCACAACUCUCUACAAUGAAGAGUCAGACCAAUACGACACCAUUUCGAGCGUCACGUUCGGCUCUGGACUAUUUCCUGUGUCCUACAUUGUCGUUUCUUCGCCCAUAAGAAGCAAAAUCAGACAAUCCAUGUACAAAGACGCGAUCAGUGAAGAUCCCAACCCUCGGUUUUGGGAUCUGGCUGAAGAUUGUGGGUUCGAAUUUGACCAAAAGACACUGCACACUGGUUUCACCACAAAUGGGCUGUUUGUACAAAUCACUCCAAAUACACUGGUAUUGACUGAUCUCUCAGGACACAAAUGCACCCUGGACCAAUCAAUUGUACUGGGAAGCGUGGGACCCAACAAUCUUCUGGCCACGGUAGGGAACGUCCCUGGUAACGAUCGAAACUUGUCAGUCUACCGAAUAGCUUCCAGUGUGAAACCUGACGCGUUUGAGCUCAUCAAGUCCAUUCCAUUAGACGCCCCAGUGACUCUGUUGAAGGUCAUUGAAGAUCACAUUGUUGUCGGAACACAUGAUGCUAUUAACUUCUACGAUAUCGAAGACCUGACAGCUGUUUCGACCGGUCUGCCAUUCACACCCUGUGACAUGCUGAUCAACAGUGCAUUCGAGUUGCUGAUUGGAUGUCGAACGGGACAUUUACUGUUCUGUUCAUUCACUUCUCAGGGUGAGGUCACUGUCAACUCAUACAGACAAUUUGGAGAUACCCCCGUGCGCAUUACAUCGCUACAAUUCCAGGACUACAUUCUUGUCGCUUCAGACAGCGUGUACAUUCUGAACCUGGCCAACAACUCUCCUCCUUUGCAGAUUCACAACGAUGACUCCUCCAAUGAAGUUAUCAUCGGUGAAUGUCCCGUGUUCAUCGGAGAAGCUAACCCCGAAACAGCUAUGUCUGUGUUUGCUUGUUUCCUGACUCCAGCUCAGCUUAAACUAGUUGAUCUGGAGCUCGCACAUUCUGUAGUAGAGUUCAAAAUCGAGCUUGGAAAGACGCCACGAAGACUUCUGUACCUCGACGACGUCAAUUUACUUGUCAUCACGCUCCUGGGAGAAAUGGACCCCGAUACAGGUAACCAUCUGGCAUUUGUGGACCUGGCUACUCGAGCAGUGGUUUCUCCAAACGUGUUCAUGGAUAGACGCAAACACGGGGGCGUGACGGUCUUCUCGCGAAAAGAAGUCAUCUACUGCAUGGCCGAAUGGCGACUGUCUCUCGACAGCCAGGAGUACCGGUACCUGGUUACUGGAUCGGGAUACACAACAUCCACCAAGGGCCGUCUGGUGAUUCUCAGCUACAAGGUGAAGAACGGAGAAGUUUCUCUGGGCAAGCAGGCAGCCUGGACUGUUCCCGAACCCGUGUUUGCUGUCUGUCAGCUGUCCAAGAACACAUUGGUGUACUCUUUCGGACGCAUGAUUUCCGUGGCCAAAUUCUCUGGUCCCUCCAUCGAAUACAAAUCUGGUCCUGAGUAUGAGUUCCCCAGUAAGGUGGUGAAACUGACUGUCACGAGCCCGGGAGAAGUCAUUGCCAGUACUAUGAACAAUGGCAUCAUAGUGUUGACAUACGAAGAUGACAAGUUUUGCAGAGUGGCCAAAGAUUCGGUCUACAGAUCGUGUCUGAACCAUGGUGUGUCAGAUUCACUUAUUGCAGUUGCCGACAAGGAACGAUGUGUAUCGUUUCUGGCUCGCGACGACGGAAUUACGUUGCUGAAACCCACGGGAAAGGUUUUCCUUCCUUCCUUCGUGUCCAAGCUGCUCCUCUCCGACAACAAACCUGUCUGGCGCAAACAGCCGUCGCAAAUGUUCCAGAACCCGUCGAUUCUGUGCUUGAGCAUGUCUGGAGAAAUCACCAAAAUGUACAUAAUGACCAAACAGGAGAAGGAGUACUGGGACAAGGAGCUGGCGGUCAUGAAGCGCGAAAAGCUAAAGGACUCGCUUCUGGAUCUCGACUCGGAAGACUUCAUGGAAGAUUACAAUGGUUCUACCAACCCCAUUGAUUCUCACUCUGUCUCUUACGUUUCCUUCCCCACGCCUCUUUCACCAGCUCCUACAAUGUGGUCUGACUUCGAUCUCAACUCCACCAACAUCAUUAAUGGCACGGCACUGUUCCAAAUGUACUACGGAACAGACAACCCCAUUAUUGAUGCUCUCAAUGAGAUGUAA